AUUGUACAUGAAGUUAAACUUCAUGCUAUUGUACAACUAAAUAAAUUUGAAUACGUAAAUAAAUUGAUUUUAUAUAUAAUCCAGGAAAAAUCAGCAAAAAUUUGUGCUGAAUGUAAAUGAAAUAUGAAAUUGAUUUUAAUAGUUUUUUUUUAUUAUGUUAUAAGUAUAUUUUUUAUACAAACUUAGAUGGCGACACUGUUAAAACAACGUGGUACAAGAAAAUUCCAUUUUACUUUACAUCAAAAUCAGCUGUGAACAUCAGUAUGGCCGCUCACAUAUCUCCAAAAUAAAAUUGUUUUUCAAAAGUCAUAUAAAUAUUUAGGAAAGUGCAAUCAUCGUGUUCAUUCAGCAGAAAAGUGUGUUAGAAUUUAGAACGCUGUCGGUGUUGAUGUUGACUAAAAGUGUUGCGUCAUGAUAGGAUAGACCUCUCAGCUCUCACUGACAAACAAAUACUGCAAAUACAACAAAAAUUGAUAGCUACUACGAAUUACACUCGACUUGCUUGUUGCACUUGCAUUUCGUUUUUGCAUCUCUGCUGUCAAUUGUGAUUGCGAGCUGAUGUGUUUAGUGAAUAAAUUAAAAAUUAACAAGCAAUAAUGAGCAGCGUACGACUCAGCUUCGUGUCGGUGGGAAGGUUAGCGGUUCGGAGAAAUUCCCAGUUAACAUCGGGUGUGCAGACGUGCCGCUCUGUGCGGCGCACGUGCCCGAGGCCGCUCAGCACGUGUUCGGCGCUGUGCAAAGCCACCACCGAGCAGCCGCCGGGGCAGGACGGCACCCCACAUGCACCGCCCAAGGAUACAACAACAGGUCAGUCGGGCGGAAAGAAGUCCGGGUCGAGCAACGGCGGCGUGCUCACGUGCCCCAAGUGCGGCGACCCGUGCACGCACGUGGAGACGUUCGUCAGCUCCACGCGCUUCGUCAAGUGCGACAAGUGCCACCACUUCUUCGUCGUGCUCAGCGAGGUUGACACCAAGAAGAGCAUCAAGGACAACGCGGACACCAAGUCAGGCUUCUACAGAAAACCGCCGCCGCCGCCGAAGAAGAUCUUCGAGUAUCUGAACAAGCACGUGGUGGGGCAGGAGUAUGCGAAGAAGGUGCUCUCGGUGGCCGUGUACAACCACUACAAGCGCAUCUACAACAACGUCACCGCCGCCACGCCCGCCGACGCGCACCCUCUGCACACGCACAGGGAGCUGAUGCAGGCGGGCGGCGGCGCGCCGGAGGCGGCGGAGCGCGCGCACGAGCUGCGCCUCGACAAGAGCAACGUGCUGCUGCUCGGCCCCACCGGCUCCGGCAAGACGCUGCUGGCGCAGACGAUCGCACAGUGCCUGGACGUGCCGUUCGCGAUCUGCGACUGCACCACGCUGACGCAGGCCGGCUACGUGGGCGAGGACAUCGAGAGCGUCAUCGCCAAGCUGCUGCAGGACGCCAACUUCAAUGUGGAGCGAGCACAGACUGGUAUCGUGUUCCUGGAUGAGGUGGACAAAAUCGGCGCAGUUCCCGGCAUUCAUCAGUUGAGAGACGUCGGAGGCGAAGGCGUGCAGCAAGGCAUGUUGAAGAUGUUAGAAGGCGCGUUGGUGUCGGUACCGGAGCGCAAUUCGCGUAAGCUGCGUGGCGAUGCCGUGCAGGUGGAUACCACCAACAUACUGUUUGUUGCCAGCGGCGCGUACAACGGACUCGAUAGGCUAGUACAGAGGCGUAGUAACGAAAAGUACCUGGGGUUCGGCGCGUGGGAUCGUACUGGUGGGCGGAGAGCCGCACUGGCCGCAGCAGCCGCAGACGCGUCGCCGCUGCAGCCCGCCGCCGACGAGUGCGACGAGCGCGACGCCUGGCUGCGCAAGGUGCAGGCGCGCGACCUCAUCGACUUCGGCAUGAUACCGGAGUUCGUCGGCAGAUUUCCCGUUUUGGUGCCUUUCCACAGUCUAAACCAGGACCUACUUGUCCGGAUACUGACAGAACCUAAAAACGCUAUGGUGGCGCAGUACAAGCUGCUGUUCGCGAUGGACAAGUGCGAGCUGUCGUUCAGCGAGGACGCGCUGCGCGCCGUGGCCGCGCUCGCCAUGGAGCGCAAGACCGGCGCGCGCGGCCUGCGCGCCAUCAUGGAAAACCUGCUACUGGAAGUGAUGUUCGAGAUCCCGGGGUCGGACAUCGUGUCGGUGCACAUCCACGAGGGCUGCGUGCGGCGCAGCGAGCCGCCGCGCCUCACGCGCCGCGCGCCACCCGCCGAGCUGCACCGCUGGCCCUCCGUGCGCCUGCACAACUGGAGCUCAAAGCAAGUAAGCACCAGCCAUCUGUCACUCAGUAGUGCGCGCUGUGAGCGGAUACAAGUAUGGUGGUUAUACAAACAUGCAAACGAACGAACUGCGUAGCGACUGUGCGCGAUUACGCUCGGAUCUCCUCCCUACUAGGAAAUUUUAACAAUUAGCAAUAAUUUUAAUUUUAACAUUUAUCCGCAUACAAAAUGACAUCAGUCCAUUUUGAUUUAUAUUUUUAUUUACUUUACACGUAUAGUCAACAGCCAGGCUUUGUAAAAUACCACCGCCAAACAAUAAUUAACUAGCAUUUGUCAAUCAAACAAAAUUGCACUUUCAUCACAAUAAAUUGGUAUAUCAAAAUAUUUGACAUAAAAUUAUUAAUAAAAGAGGUGUUGCCAGGAAAUCGGCAAAAGUAAAAAAUCGACUUAUAAUAAAAUUUGAACACAGUCAGUAUUGCCAGCAUCAUUUUAGCAUCCAAACACAUAAUGAUACUGGGUAUUUUUUUUUAAAUGCCAGUCAAAUCCAUUGUUUUGUAUUUUUGUGGCAUCAGAUCUUAACGACACUUACUAACUAAUAUUGCAGAUAGCAUUUCGUAGAGAUGUGCCAAUUAUAGAACAUAGCUAGCUAGCUAUUAAGUUGUAUCUAUAUUGACUAAUUUCCAUCCUGGCUGAAUUUAGAUAAAAAAUCUCAAGGGUUUUCAACAAAAUGUUAGUUAUCUUAUGCUUAUGUAAGACCCUUAAAAUUGCCAAUUAAAUAUUGGUAAUCUCUAAUAAUAAUGUGAUAUUAUGUACUGUCGCAUGCUAUUUUAUAGGAUUAAUUUCAUCCCGACAGUGAUCUUGAUUGUAGUUCCUUAUGUUAAAUUUAUGUUCUUUUAUUAUCAUCUUUGUAAUUUAGUAUGUUAUAUUACUAACCACCAUACAACAUAGUUAUGUGAUGUAAAUUACUGUAAAUAAUAGACACAUAUAAUAUUUAAGGUUUUAAAAUUAAGCUUUUUUUCUUACAUUUUCUUAAGUUAAGCACCCAAAAUCUAGGUAAAAUAAAGAACUGUUACGGCUGGCAACCUUGUGAGAAAUUUUAAGUUUGACGUUUGUGUAUGGUAUCAUAGAUAACUAUUUUUUUAUUUAAAUAGUAAAACGAUGUGAUGUGAUUACUUGAUAUGCGGACAAUUGUGAUUGUAUAAAUUAUUUUAGGUCCAAAAAUAGAUUUAUAUAUUGAUUGAAAAAUUUGUGAGAGAGGAAAGUACAUUUAAUCACAUUACAAGUAAAAGUACAUAGUCUAAGUAUAUUUUCAGUUAAAAAAAAUAAUAAAAAGAAACAGGAAAAAUUUGUUUUAUUUUUUUCUUACACAUGUAUUUGGAUGUUGAGAACCGCUUACCCUGCAAUGUUUGUUUUAACCCGGGAAACUAAUAAUGUAAUAGCGUUCUAAUGAAAAUAUUAUGUGAGCAUUAAUAAAUUAAUAUAAGAAUUAUUUUGGCAUGUAUUGGGAAAGGAAAGGUGAGAAGAGAAGAAAUAUGAAAUGAAAAGUAUAAUAAACAAAAAAGUGUUCAAUGUUCAUUGAUUUACAGAAAACAAGAAAAAUAAAGACAUUCACUUGUG